AUGAUGCUGGUCUUGGUCUUGCUCGGGCUCGCUCGCUUCACUGUCGCCUGGGGUGUCGUCGGACACGAAGCCGUUGCAACGAUCGCGCAGGUCUUCCUCACCGAAGAAGCACGUCAAGGCAUCCAAGCUAUCCUGCCGCCCAACGCUCAGGGUCACCUCGCUUUCUACGCAGCAUGGCCAGACAGAGUCAGAUUCGCCUACCCCUGGUCUUCCCAUUUGCAUUAUGCCGGACCCAACGCGACGGGAGAAGAUCCUCCGAUGGCAUGUCAUUACGACCAAGUUCAUUUCGUCAAUGAGGACAAUGUCAUGGCGGCCGUGCUCAACUACACUUCACGCCUUGCUGACACAAGCCUUCCAAUCUACGAACGCGACCUCGCACUGAGAUUUGCCACGCACUACUAUGGCGACUUGACCCAGCCUUUGCAUCUCAUUCACCGCGAACGUGGCGGCAAUGGGGAUCCCAUCCUCUUCGAGGGUCGUAGGAUGAGCAUGCACGGCUUGUGGGACUCUGUCCUCAUUGCGCGCCUCAUCAGAACAAUGCGCGGGUACGAGCGACCUUUGCCAUCAAAGCGAAUAGAAGACUCUUUGGGUCGCGACUCGAUCUACAAGCCCCUCGUCCGCAAAAUUAUCUGGCAAGGUAUCCUGAGAGAUUGGCGGAGUCUCUUGCCCGAUUGGAUCGCAUGUCCGACAAAUACGACUACGAGCGAUAGCGCGACGAUUUGCCCUUACCAUUGGGCGAAACAGACACACGAUCUGAACUGUCGCUAUGUCUAUCCUUCGCACUACGAGCAUACACAACCAUUGCGAGACAUUGCGACCAAAGACUAUCUCGGACCCAUCGAGCAUGAUGCCGUCAUAGAGAAACAGCUCGCCAAGGGCGGACUUCGGUUGGCUAAAGCACUCAACGACGCCUUCAGAGCUCCUGACGAUCACUUCAUUCGGGACGGACUCGCCAACGAAGCGCAACUGAUCAUGCAAACAUGA